GCGACCGAGGCCUUAGAGGAGAAGGGCGACGGCAGGGGGUGGGGGCAUCGCGUAGGUUGCGUUUAAGCCUCGUGCGCGUACUGUUGGCGUGAGACAGAAGGGUUGUGAGUGGACGCGCGCCCGUGUUGUAUUCUUGUUCAUGUUCCUGUCCCGGCUGUGGUCCAAGGUGCGUCUUGCCCGAUGAUGGCUGAUGGUGCUGACUUUAAGGUUGAUGAGGUGUUCUACCUCACCGACGUUGUCUCUGAAGAGGGCGGUUGGCUGCUGGUCGACUCAGCGCCGGAAUCUGCGCCAGUCACGUCAGAUGCCGUUUCCUUUGAAUCGACAUUGACGAGAGAAGACAUGUGUCACAAUGCCAUUGAUGUGGAUGAUCUGCCUGACAUUGAAAAAGAUCUCCUACCAGAAGACGUGGUCCGUCUCCUAUUUUUGGCUGUGGAUGAUCUGCCUGCCAUCGUGUUGCAAAAAUGUGUCGUCAGGAUGAACCGCGAAACUGGUGGCAAGGCAAUGGUUGACACAUUUUCAAAUUGGGCCAGGAGUUCGGUUAGCAAUGUAUGGAAGUGCAUGUUUUUGGAGGCUCUGGCUGUGAUUGGCCGUCUGGACGUGCUCGAAACCCUUGGCCUGGAGAAAGAGCAGAUGAGAAAACUGCAAAAGCCAGUCUAUCUCUCAUCACUGAAGGUUGCUUUGAAUACCGUCUGCUGCCAUCUUCUGCAGGAAGAUGUCAAACGGUUGGUGGAAUACAUUUCUCGUUCAUAUCUUCCGGGCCGGCAGUCGCCUAUCUUUCCGGACGGCUGCACCAUCAAGCAGCUGUUGGAGCUGUACAUCCUGUACUGGAUGCAGGAACGGGUCAUCGAUCUUACUGACCUGUCUGUUCUGGCGGAGGGACUAGUGCACCUCAGUCGGCACGAUCUGAAAGAUGUGCUGUCUAGGGAGACUGCGGAGUCAGCGAUCACAAGCACCGCCCCUAGCAGUGGCAACCACAGCAAAGUGGUGGACUUGUCCUCGAUUGGUGAUGCGCUGCCUCCCAAGAUAUAUGCCAACUCCAAAGGAGUGUGUGUGAUCUUCAAUCAGGAGCGGUUUGCAUGCCAAGACAAGGAAUGCGUCCUGGGACGAACGGACAAUCAUGGAAUGCGUCUGGGCUCCAGUAUUGAUGCGGAAAACUUGGAAAAGACAUUUCAAGAGUUCGGGUGCCGGACAAAGAUAUUCAACAACUUGAAAGAGACUGAAAUUAGGACAUGCCUGGAAAGGUUGUCAUGCGCCAACGACCUGAAAAACUUCGACUACCUGGUGACGUGCUUUCUGUCUCAUGGAGGCACGAGCCGUGAAGGAGAGCACUUCAUCUACAGCUCCGACUGCAAGACUCAACUUCUGGACGAUCUGGUCAGCUGUUUCGGCGCCGACCUGUGCGGAGCUCUGGCCGGCAAGCUGAAGAUUGUGGUGACGCAGGCCUGUCAAGGUAUCAAAGCGCUACCUGUGGUGAGUUCGGACGGGCCAGAAGAUGUGCCUAUGUCGUCAUACAUCCCCACGCCUGCGCCAGCAUCCCGCACCACACCGCUGUCAGAUUUCCUCUUCUGCCAGGCGACCACCCCCGGGUUCAAGGCAUACCGUGACACACACCGAGGCUCCUUCUACAUUAUCCGACUGUGCCAGGUGCUGAGAGCGCGCGGCCACCUUGAGGAGAUCACCUGCUGCAUCAAAGACGUGCACAAUGUCCUCACGAAUAAUCCCAUCCAGCUGGGGAAUGGUAGAAAUCAGCCUUUGCUAAGCCUGCAGCCGCAGAUGAUUGACCGCACCACGGGUCGCUUUACUUUCAAGAAGAGAGAGCCGUCGUGCCAGUCCAGGUAAUGCCGCGUGUAGGUCUGACACAGAGGAACGGCACAGCGGUGGUUCUAGAUCCGCCGCCUUGUCUUGACGGCAUGGGAUUGCGGCCUGAUCCGCCGUGGUAUUGAGAAAGGCAUUUUGUGACCAUGGGUCACGCUGUUGGAAAGUUUAGUUCUCGCGACGCGCGACACGUUCUCCGCGCGACAUUGCUCACCUUUGAAUAGCCUUUGAUUAGAGCAUACGAGUGAUGUGUGAACUGCUGAUUCGAUCAAGCAGUUACGGCUUAGGCUUAUUGGCAUUGGUUUGCUGCAUACCGCCGCGACGUCUGUGCGCGUGUUUCCGUUGUCGUUUAGCCUUGUGGAAAGGUGUUGCGGGCGCAAAUCGCCGGCCGGUCAGUCGCUGCUUUAUUCGUGGCCGACAAGCUGCCCGGUUUCUCGCGUGAGUACUGCUCCCUAACAGAACCGGUACUUUGCGAGACGCGCCGAAUAUAUUCGGAGGUCUCUUGCACAGUCUCCGGUAGCAUGAGAUACAGCCUGUCUGCGCUUCGUGUUACGUGGCAGGUGACAGGGUGCCCAUGCAUAAUCAUCAUAAUUUGUGCGCCAGUGUUUUCUAUUCAUCGGAUGUCAUUGAAUGUGACUUUUUAUGCUACUUACUGCAUUUAACACAACGUGCGGGCAGGAGUCCGAUCAUCGAGGUGCUUCCAAUUAUACUGGUGUAACUGAGGAAUAACGAAGUGUUUCAAAUAAAAAAGAAGACGAAGAUAUACGAGGGGCUUAUGAAUAUAAUAAUUAUAAGUA